AUGCGGCUUCCGAGUUGUCUACUUUUUUCAAUAUAUUUUUACUUGACAAUAGCGCAUUCCCCGCGCUUUGUUCGUCGACCAGAGGUGGCCAAUUUGAAAUGUGAUCGAUUAUUGCAGGCAGAUCGUCUUUACACAUUUAAAAACUCAUUUCUCCAUCGGCAUUCCCUCGUUCCACAGCCACUCAAUAUGUCUUGUGCGGAAAUUCGAAAGAGGAUUUUUAUGGGCGCUACAAUGUUUGAGCCACUCGAAUCUCCUUUUGCCAUUGCGAGAAAUGUUUAUAAGGAUUACGAGUUUCACGAAUUGUCCGUAGCCGCCCAUUGUCAUCCCGACAUUCAUUUCUGUUUUGUGAUCGACAAAAACUCGGCAUCGACCUUCAAGAGAAAUAUGCGACAAUUGGAGCGAUGCGUACCGACAGUACACAUUGCUAGUGAAAAUCUCUCUUUGAAGAGCACGGGUUUCAAUCAAAAUUGGGCACAUUAUACGUGUAUGAAGAAACUUUUGCAAGUGGCGCCACAAUGGAAAUAUCUCAUUCAGUUACAGAACAACGACAUUCUUCUCAAAUCCACCGCGAUUCUCUCCGACAUUUUCACCAUUUUGAAUGGAGCAAACGAUUUGAUGAACGAGACGAUCUCACAACAGAAACGAAUCAAUCAAAAACUCGACUGGAAUGUCUCAAGUUUGGGAUUGUUUCCAAAAGGUGAUCCCCGCAAUAAAGCGCAACUCAUUUUCCGAGCCGGUCUUAUCCAGGCGAGCCUUCACCGAGAAACGAUUAAAUGGAUUGUCGAAAAAGUGAACAUGACAAAACUGUUGGAUCAGUUCAAUUGGAAGGAAUACGGUGUCGACGAGUUCUGGUUGCCGACAUUGCAUGCAAGUGUGGAUUUGGGAAUGCCGGGAUCGAUCGAUGACUGUGAACUUGGAGUAAAAUUAAAUAGACCAUUGACUAGAUUAGACCAUUGGAAUCAUCAUUAUUCCCCGAUCAAUUGCAAAAGUCAUUUCCAACGGAACAGUAUUUGCAUUCUUGGAGUCGAGGAUCUACCCGAGCUCGUUGAGACGCUACAUUUUGGAGCGAACAAAGUUCUACCCAGCUUUGACUGGGCUGUGAUUUCGUGUCUCUACGAGCAUCUCUUCAACGGAAUACACAUCAGAAAAGAGAGAUUGAGUGUGCAAAAGAAAAAUGAAUAUCAAGAAUUGAGAAUUGUGAAAUGCCAUCGCCAAAGAAGACUCGCCAAAUUGCGGAAAACUAAAGAAAAUUAUUUUACAAAGUCGAGUAAUUUGAGGAAUUUCACAGGAAUUUCUGAGGAAUUUCACAAAGAUGAUGCAUUCGACUACAAUUUUUGCCAAAAGAAAUCCGCUCGAAACAUGAAGUGGAGAAAGGGUGACGUUGUGAUGGCCGAUUGGAACGGAUGCUUUUACAAGGCUAAGAUCAUCAAUGUUAGCGAAAAUGACGGCGAGACUCAUUACAAGAUUCAUUACGAUAGCUGGUCUUCAAAGUGGGAUCAAGUCAUUCCUGAAAGCGAGACGGGCAAAUGGGAAGCAUUCACUGCAGAAGCUGAGGAGGCUGCAAGAAAGCAAAUCAAGGGCGUGAAGGCUAGAGCCAAAGGACGUAAGCGACUUGCUGUAGGCGGUGGUGAAAGCGAUGCAACUCCAUCUGCACCAAAGAAAGAAGCAAAGGGGCAAACAUCUCCUCUUGAUUUCCCAGAAACACUGAAAGACAUCUUGUGUGAUGAUUACCAUAAAAUGACAAACUUGGGACUCUACAUAGCAAUGCCGGCAAAAGUCACCGUCCGUCAGAUCAUCCAAGAGUUUUGUGCCAAAAUCGCAGCUUCAGGGGAAGGAGAGAUGACGGUUGAGGUUCAAUAUGUAGACGGAGAGAAGGUCACUAAAAAAACAACAAAACACGAAUUCACUGCUUAUGCGCACAUGAUGGAACGUUUGAUCAACUCUUUGUUCACCAGGUGUCUCUGUGUAGAUCGGGACAAACAGCAAUUCCAGCGACUUGAGGAUGAACUUUUGAAGAUUGAGGAGAAGAACAACAACGGUUUGAUGAAGCCAUUCGCGCCUUCCGAACAUUUCGGUGUUGUGUAUCUGCUUCGUCUCUUGGUGAAGAUCAACGGUGAUUCCAAUUUCAUCGAUGCAUGUGAUCACUACAGCUUUUUCAAGCACAGCUCUGACUUGAUGAAGCACUUGCUCGACAACAUUGAUAAUUACUAUGACAAAGAUGCCUACAACGAGACCGACCGUUCGACUGCC